AUUUCGGGUCUCGCUCUGCUACUGGGGAUAUAAAUGUCAUUCAAAGCAUCCCCAGAUCGGUUUACGGCUCCUCUCCGUUUUCUUCCGAAGCGCUGAUUUGAGUCCCGAAUAUUGCAUUUCUGCGGCUUGCUAUCCGAGAAGCAUCAACCACUGCUCCUUUUGAUGUUGUGGUACACCGUGCGCAUGCGUUCCACAUUAGAAUUACUGCACUGGCUAGAAUAAGUUGGAUCGCUUCUUCUCUUCUAUUGAAACCCUAAAAUCCUAUCAAAAGCUAAAGGGAUGCUGAGAGUCCGGAAAAAAGGUUGCUUUGGGAUUUGGUCGUUGCCCUUUAUAAUAACAGUGGUUUGUGCACAGAGUGCUAAUGAUCCUAGCAAUAUGUCCCUAGUAAAAGAGACUGUGGAUAGAUUGCUGAAAGGCUACGACAUUCGACUGAGGCCAGAUUUUGGAGGUCCUCCUGUGGCUGUUGGCAUGAACAUAGACAUAGCCAGCAUAGACAUGGUGUCAGAAGUCAAUAUGGACUAUACUUUGACCAUGUAUUUUCAACAAGCAUGGAGGGAUAAGAGGCUUUCGUAUAAUGUAAUACCUUUAAAUCUUACACUGGACAAUAGAGUAGCAGAUCAGCUUUGGGUUCCUGAUACCUACUUCCUGAAUGAUAAGAAGUCAUUUGUACAUGGUGUCACCGUGAAGAACAGAAUGAUUCGUUUACAUCCAGAUGGGACAGUUCUCUAUGGUCUCAGAAUUACAACAACAGCUGCAUGCAUGAUGGAUCUACGAAGAUAUCCCUUAGAUGAACAAAACUGCACAUUAGAGAUAGAAAGCUAUGGCUACACAACUGAUGAUAUUGAAUUUUACUGGCGCGGGGGUGAUAAUGCAGUUACAGGAGUGACAAAGAUUGAACUGCCACAGUUCUCUAUAGUGGAUUACAAACUUAUCACCAAGAAAGUUGUCUUCUCAACAGGUUCUUAUCCCAGGUUGUCCCUAAGUUUUAAACUUAAGAGAAACAUUGGCUAUUUCAUUCUGCAGACUUAUAUGCCUUCUAUUCUGAUCACUAUUCUGUCUUGGGUAUCAUUCUGGAUUAAUUAUGAUGCGUCAGCUGCAAGAGUGGCUUUAGGGAUUACAACGGUGCUGACAAUGACAACCAUUAAUACCCAUCUGCGAGAAACAUUACCCAAAAUCCCCUAUGUGAAAGCCAUUGACAUGUAUCUGAUGGGCUGCUUUGUCUUUGUAUUCAUGGCUCUUCUGGAGUAUGCCUUGGUGAACUACAUCUUUUUUGGGAGGGGACCACAGCGCCAGAAGAAAGCAGCAGAAAGAGCUGCCAGUGCUAACAAUGAGAAAUUACGAAUGGAUGUCAACAAGAUCUUUUAUAAAGAUAUAAAACAAAAUGGGACCGAAUUGCGAUCCCUGGAUCCCACUGGAAAUCUCUCCCCAACUAGAUGGACUGCCACUUACGAUUACCCUCUUAAAACGGACAGAAGAAUAAUUGGCACAUAUCAUUGUCCAGAAAUGUAUUCAACAAAGAUGGACCCCCAUGAGAACAUUUUGUUGAGCACGCUUGAAAUUAAAAACGAGAUGGCUGCCUCUGAAGCUGUUAUAGGGCUUGGGGACCCUAGAAGCACGAUGCUGGCCUAUGAUACCUCAAGUAUCCAGUAUCGGAAGGCUGGUUUACCAAGACACAGCUUUGGCCGUAAUGCUCUGGAACGGCACGUGGCCCAAAAGAAAAGCCGGUUAAGGAGACGUGCUUCUCAGUUGAAAAUUACUAUCCCUGACUUGACUGAUGUAAAUGCCAUAGAUCGAUGGUCACGCAUAUUCUUCCCGGUGGUUUUUUCUUUCUUCAAUAUUGUCUAUUGGCUUUACUAUGUGAACUAAAAACAAAGAAAGCCACACAAAUAUCAAGAACUGGAUUUCUCUUCAAAAUUGAUUGUACAGCCAAAUGUGGGACUUAGGGAGAACAAAAUCUAUUCAGGACAAGUUAUUUUAAAACACCUUAUUUGCUGGCCCACUCUAUAACCUGUUCAGUAAUGUUUGGAUUUCUUUUGCACAACUGUGAAGCCUAUCAAGUUACAGUACAAAUGUAUACAACCUGGCUUUUAAAGAUAUAUAAUUGCAUUUGAUGUUUGGAGACAGACCUGAAACUUGGUCAUUUCAUUUUUGUUUUCUUUUUGUUUUUUGUUUUUGUUUUUUUGUAAAAAAAAGUUUUUCUUUAAAAAAUUUAAAAUUUAAAAAGUUUUUGGUUAACAAAUUUAAACAAUUUUUAAUUUUUACAACUAAGAUUACCAUUUCUAUAUUUCCUUUUUGCCAUAGUGUUCAUUUUCAUCUAUUUUUGACCAAUUUUACCCUUCAUUUUCAUCUCUAAUUUUAACCAAAUUCCUAUUUCCUUUCUAUUCUAUAUUAAAUCCCAAUCCAUCAUCAAAGUAAUUAAUUUUAUGGUGUUACAAUUGUUCAAUUUUUACAAGAAUAGUGAGCCCACUUAUUUUAUAACUUACAUUUUCUUAAGUAACACAGUCCAAUAUUUUAAUAUAAUCAGUUGCUUCUAUAAGUAUCUUUUCUAUUUAUAUAUUCAAACAUUUAAUGAAAAAGAAAAAAAACAAAUAUAAACAGCUGUUCCAAUUAGUUCCAUUUUCAUACAUCACAUAAUUUCCCCAUAUAUUCCUCCAAACCACAUCUUAAUCAUUUCUACUUUCAUCACAAUAUAUCAUUAAAGACUAUUUCUUCUUUGUAUUGUUUCAAAUCCUCACUUAAUCAUUUUAAUACACACCACGCUAAACCAUUAACAGUAUUACCAUUAUUACAUUUUAAGCUUAUUCAUAUUUCUCAAAAAAUGAAAAAAAACCAAAACUCAUCAUUAUCUAGAUUUCAAAACUAUAAGUAACAAUAUUCCAAUUAUUUGUACAUUUCGUUUUCACCAUAAUAUACUUUACCAUUAUUACUUGCUACAAUUCACAUUUUAAUUCUAAAUGUAUACCUCUAAUUCCUCUUUCAUUUCCUUUUCCUUUUCUCCCUUUUCAAUUUUAUUUUUACCUUUUUCUUUCCCCUUCUUUCCUGCACUUUAAAAUCCUGAUCUCUCCUAUUUUGCCCUAUGUUGCCCCUUGUUCCUCUCCCUUUUCUCUUUUUUUUAACCCGUUGUUUAACCCAAUAUUGUCAUUCUGUAUAUAAAAGUUCUGGAUUCUUCUCUUGUGCCCUAUAUUUCCUCUUUCUCUCUUUUGUGUUUUUUUCACUGUAAAUCCCAGUGUAAUCAUUUAAAUUCUUUAUGUCCUUUCUAUUCCCCUCUUCCUUCCAUGUUUGUCUCUUUCUAUCCUCCCUAUUACUUUCAUUGUUAAUCCCAAUGUAAUCUUUAAAAACCUCUUUUUUAUUAUUAUUAUCCACAUAUUCAAAUACAUUUUCACAUUUGGUCUCAUUUUCUUUAUCUUCUUUUUCUUCAGACUCUGUAUGUUGCUUCUCCAUCUUUGUUUCCUCGUCAGCUUGUCCAUGUUCUUUCCCAUUUUUUAUGUCCUCAGAUUUUGAUUCCCUGUGUAUCAUUGUAGUUAUUUCUCUUAUUUCCAUUUUCCAUGACAGGUACAUCGCUUUAAUCAUUUCUUUAAUUUCCUGUGCCAUUUUAUCCCUUUUAAGUUGAUAUUGUUCCAAUUUUAAAAUUUCAGUAGUAUUCUUUUUUUUUCCCCCAAAGUCAAGCCGCUUCUAAACAAAGGGAUCCUCCCCAAAAGUUCUCAUGGCUAUUAUCUGUAAAGUUCACAAUUUUCCAAAACACAGACCAAGUUAUAAUGUUCCUUUUUGCUCCUGAUGGUGUUUCUCUUGCAAUCCACAAUUUCCUGUUAUUUAGCAAGUAUCCAUUUUGUUUCAGUAUGUUAACAAUCUUAACUAGUUUCUCUUUUUCUUUUUGGCUUUGAGAAUACCAAGUCAAUUUUGUAGUUCAGUCCAAAUUUAAACCACUCUUUUCCUUUCUUUUUCUCUUCUUGCCUUUGGUUAUAAAGUACUUCUGUUACAAGGCUUAUUAUCCAUUAUUCAUUCUCUUUUUAUUUUCCUCAAAGUUCACAAGAAAGAGGAGAGAAAAAGGGUCUAAUUAUUCCUUUCUGAUCUUUUACUCAAUCUUGGGGUAAUUUCUUUCAUUUAAAAAAUUUCCAAAUUAUUUUCCAAAUCAUUUUGUUUGAAAGUAAAUUUUCUAUUCGAGUUCUUUUUUUUUUAUCUCUUUAAAAAUACAUUCCAAUGUCUUCUUUUCUUCCCCCCAUGCUUAUUAGCCGCCGUUUUCUCUCUGGGGGUUCCAGGUUUAAAAAAAGAAUUUUUCCCUUAUUAUGAGUUGGUUAACACUUACCCAGUUCCAAAAGCUCCGAUCAAAUCACCGCUCCUGCUCCAUACUUAGUCCGGUUGCCCCAGCUUCGUGACAGCCGCAAUGGCUGCCGCCCCCGCCACCAAGUCGUAGAGAACUACCUGUGACCAUCGAGGAAUUUGCCUGUUCCUCUUGGUCUUCUGAGGUGCCUCUCCUUCACCCCCAUCCCUACAGGAUGGUUCCCCGGUCCGAAGACCCCCUUGGCAACGGUUCAUCAGUCCGGGUUUUUGCGGAGCUCAUCAGAGCCCGCAAAUUCCCCGACUGUCUCCCCGCGACACUUGAUCCGGUCAUUUCAUUUUUGGAUGAUAUUGAAAAGGGAAGCUAAAAAGUUAGGUUUGAAUUCUCAGAGCAAUUUCUGCUUCUAUGCUCAUCUGGGUUAAACAGCAUUAUUUGAAUGGAAAGAAUAUGGUCAUAUUAUAUCAAAAUCAACAUCAUAUUCAUAUCUUACCUUUUUUGAUGUUAAUUUGAAGCUACAGUAAGUCAUAAUGCCUGCCAUCAUACUAUGAAGACAUGUAUCAAGUUGUUGAUUGAAUUAAGAGUUCUUUUUGGAAAAUAUGAAAGCAACUUACACAUAAUUGGGAAGUGUUUAAUUGAGAUAUUGUAAAGUCAGCAUAUUGAUUACCAUGAUGUGAACCAUAGAGCUACUACAUUAUUUUGGAGAUGGCCAAUAUGUCCAACAGGAUACUAUUAAACAUAUCUAGGAGCCUUCUAUGUAUAAGUGCCAAAUGAGAGUGGGCCGGCAGUUUCUUCAUAGGUAGUUUUCCCUCAGUGCUUUGUACUUUCUUCUGCAACAGAGAAAGCUGUGCCAAAUGUUGUCAAACACAAGGAUCAAGUAAACCACAAGUACCAUGCAAAUUGCAAAUCUUGAUCAUCAAAAUAUUUCCUAAAUUAUAGUUUGGGUUGCAUUUCCUUCAUGUUUAAAAGAGAUUGAGUAGAUCAUAACUUUUUAUUGUUCAGAUAUUUAUUUAGAUAUGCACACAUAAGCUUCAAAAGAGUAAGCUUAUUGUAAGGAACUGGAUUAUCUUCUUCACUCAAUACUUUUGCAUUCAGUUUUAGAACUUUUUUUAAGAGAGGACAAUGAACGGGAGAGAGCUAUUCAUGUAUUUUCCAGCUGAAAGGAGACUGAAUUAUUUUCAUCAUCAGUUCAAGAAAUACCUCUCCAGCUUUUUUUCCCUCAUAUAAUUAAUUUACAAUUAUAUAGCUGUCAUUUAUUCAGCUUUAUCCUUUAAUUGAUUCAAUGGAACUUACGUGGGAUUCAUAUAAGAUAGCUGUGUCUUCCUGGAACAGAAGAUCAACCUGUUUCAGGAAAUAAAUGGAUUGGGGAUGAGUAUCUUUUGGAACCAGAAAUGUUCCAUAUUCUUUUUAUUAUAUUUUUUUUUUGUAUGUAUGUAUGUAUAUAUUUCCUCCAGCUGAUGGUUUCAGUAGCACAAAGGACUCUUUUAUUUCUCUGUAAUAUACUUUAAAAUUGAGCUUUCUAGGCUCUCUGCAAGCAUACUUGGUUGAAUUAUGAACUUCACACUUUGUGAAAAGGCUGGUCUUGUGACUCAGGCACAACAGCACUGAGCACACUUUCUUUUGUCAUGUUUUCUUUCACCAGAUGGGCAGUGUUUUAGAAGACCCCCUUCUGAAGCAUCUUUUGGGACAAAUAAGAUUUUGCUACAUUCGUGUGUAUGUUAUUUUUUCUUUUGCUGAAAUUGCCCAUUAAUUUUAUAAAAAAAAAAUAUAUGAAAACUAUCAACCUUGGGAUUUUUAGAGAUUAGAAAAGAAUAUCCUUUCUAUCCUUUUUCUCUUCUCAGAUUGGUUCAACAAGCCAGCCUUAGAAAAACUACAGAAUCAGCUUCUAAAACUGCACUUUACCAUAGCUGGAAGUUUAUAGUACAAGCCAUAAUAUUUUCUAACCUUUUCAAGGAGAGGGUGAAUUUUACCCUGGGGGCUAACAAAGAAAGUACAUAUUCACCUCCAUGAGGUCAUUUAUGUUAUUAAGUGGAAGAUGCUUCCAGGAGUAAAUGAGAAAUCACAUUUUUGAAUAAAUUAAUUCAAAGAGAUACGAGGAACUUAAAUUAAAAUGAGGUUUAAAGUAAGGUGGGCAAAUGGAGGAUAACACAAAAAAGGUUUAUCUCCUCUAAUACCAGCAUGUGGUAGAGACAAAAACAUUACACAAUGUCACAAAGGACAUUGAAAUAAGCUAUUACCGUUGAAUUUAACUGAAAUAUACUUUGGUUUGGUUUUGUUUAGAACCAUGUUUUGCCUAAUAAUUUAUUCCUUUAAUUAUUACUUUUUUUCAGGUUUUGGAUGCAUACUAGCCAGCAAUUAAGGUGUUUUUUCUUCAUAUAUUAAAUUCAUCACAAAAUUACAACUAUAUAAUAUGGCACAGUUUUAACCAUAACUUUCAGAUUAUUGCUCUGUAAAUAUGUUCUGUAUAUGACUGCUACUAAGUUUAAUAUGCAUUUUCCAACUAAAACUCAUGUGCCAUAUUUAUGUUUGUCUAAGGAAAGCUAUGUUUCUAUAGACAUGGUAGUUUAAAUGACUGGGAAGAGAGAAUCAAUGUCAUUCUGAACACUUUCAGCAAAGUUUGAAUAAUAGCAUUGAAAGACACACCUGAGAAUUUUUACAUUCUAAUAUAUAAAAUCAUCCAGACAAAAGCACAAUGCAUAGAUAACAUGAGAGCAAGUACAUAUUGCUAGCCAGCUAAAUAUAUCUAGGAAAAUGAGCCUGCUAGGUAAAAUAUACAUUUUCUUUUCUUUUAAAAAAAAAAAACUUAGAUUUCAAUUUCCCACUUAUUGAAAUUAAUUUAAGUAAGCCAAGCUCAGACCAUUAUCUACAAAUAAAGACAUAUUUCCACAUGUUUAUAUAUAUUCUUGAAUGUGUACACAUAUAUGUGUUUAUAUCUUAUGUGUGUGUACCUACACAUAUAUAGACAUGCACAUACAUACAUAUGCAUUUUUACACAGUCUCCUAAUCUCGUGAAACCACUUUGUGCAUAGAAAUGGAUAUGUGCCCAUUGAUAUAUAAAGCAAGUGGGAAGGUUGCUGAGUAAAGUGGGGGAGAAGCUGUCCCCAUAUUUACAACUUCUGACACUGGUGUCUCUUUUAUGUCGAUGGGGCAGUUGAAAAUUCCAAAUUCCUGCAAGCGUUUGCAGCCACAAUAAAAUUGCAGGACCAUAUUUACAUCUUCUGUUACAUCUUUUUGGUGCUAUAAAGGGUUGUUAAAAGAAGCAGUAUAUGAUUGAAGGAAGCAACAAUCCCAGAUUCCAUCCAGAUCCCCCUGCCCGUUCUUGAUAGGAUGGCCAUCAUUCUUGAAUGAUGAGAGGUAAUUUGAGAUUCCACCAGCAGAUGCAAGAAAGGGAAAGACAUAUGGAUUGAGUUGUUAAGAGAAAUGGUCUCUAUUUUAUCCUCCUGAGAGAAAGAUCAGGACUGAGCUAGAGACAUUGUCAUCAAGUCCAGGUCAACUUCCUUUUUAAUUAGCAUUGCAUACCUACAGCCUCUGCACUGUUCAUAAUUGCCUGGGUUUGAGCUAGAAUCUUGCAUUAGUAUUUCUAAAGGAAUAAGCUAAUAACAGUUGUGUUUCUAUAGUCAACCAAUAUGUGAAUAUUUUUUGAGAACAUAAAUUAUUAAUGUAUUUAAAAUCUUACUAUACAGGGUAACUGGGCAUUUCUAUAUCAGCAGAUCAAUGCAUAGAAAUCUUAUGAAGCAUUUCACAGUGGAUAUUGCGAUAGUACUGUAUCUUCUACCAUCUCAACAGAGGCUAACUCUCACAUUGUUUUGUUUAUUUUUUUCAACGAAAGCAUCUCUACUAACUUUUUUAAAAGUCCUAAUACCUAGAUAGGAAAAGCAAAACUAUGACAUAUUUCUCUGGGGAGAAAAGAACAAGAUGGUCCAGGUACAAUAGUUUAAAAAUAGUGAUCAUAACAUUUUGCUAUCUGUACAUAGGUCAUACAAUGUGAGCAAUCGUAAUUAAAAAAAAAUGUAAAUAUUAUCAGAUUUCUUAACAUUUUUAACUUCUAAUUUGUACUUUAAUGUAAGGCAAAAAGUUGAUUCUAUUUAUGGUUUAGGUUAGUGUCCUAAAAUCAUGUAAAUAUUUAAAUAAGCUGUAAAUGAGAUGUCAAUAGAAAGAGUAUUUGUUCAGUGAUUUUUUUUUUAAACUAAGUACAGUAAUUGCAGUUUUCUAGCAGAACAAUUUAAACACCCUUUUGCAUAAGACUUGGAUUUCAGAGGACAAUUUCAAAAUUGCAAAUAAUAAGAUUGACAUUAAAUGAGUAUCAAUGUAACCAGUUCAUCUGUAAAUGGGGAGGAGAAAGAACCGAUAAAAACGAGUACCAUUAUCCAUUGACUCUGGUGCACAUGAAAAUUCAGGGGUAUGUGGAUACUUCAGAAUAGAUGUGCUGUUAUGAUGCUUAUAAUAGCAUCUCUGAAGCGCUGCAAGUUAGAGUUUUUGUUGGGGGGGGCAGGUGUCUGAUAUUUAAAUGAAUAAGGCAACUGCUAAUUCUGCCGAGCUUCUUGGGAAAAUUGGAGCUACAUGCAGUUUGAGAAUUGCAGCCUUGGUUUUUAAUGAGCCUAUUUUGAUUUCCAUUAAUACUAAGCCUGCAAUUCUGAAAGAACUUCAGAAUUGCCAUUAACUAGGGAGUCUCACCUAAAGGAACUGCAGAAAGUUGGGGCUAUCAAGUGACUUAUAGAGACCAUACUUGUAGUUAGAGAGUAGUCUGUCUAGUGUACCAUGAGUCCUUAAUAGAAUAUCUUAUUACUUUUUAGACUUAGCAAUUUUUAAGAUAUGUGCGCUUUAACUUUCAGAAUUCCUCAGCACCCAUGCUGGCUGCAAAAUUCUGGAAGCUGAAAUCUGCACAUCUUAAAAAGUUGCUCAGGUUGAGAAACAAAGAAAAUCCUAUCGUUUGGGCCACAAUGGCAGUCUUUUAUCCAGACACAGUAAUAAUACUGAUGAUUUCCUCUUCCAGGAAAUGAAAUGGAUGUAAUAUAGAACUACAGUUUUCUCAUGAGUGUAAUAUUAUUCUCCGAAAGACAUCAUGCACAUUCCUAUUGCGCAUGAGGAGUCCCACUGUCUUUUAGAGACUGUCUGGUACAAAGAGAUUUGUCUGUCAUUGUUUAGCAUUCUGUUCCUUUCCAGCCCAACCCAAUCCACCCAAUGCCAAAGAAUCUUACUUAAUCUUACUUACUUCUUACUUAAGAAAUAUAUUUAAAGGGAACUCUAUCAAGAUAUUGCUUAACACCAAAGGUAAAAUUUAACAAAGAUGCACUAGGAAACGUUCAAGAGAAUUUUUGAGGAGUGAAUAAAAUGUUAAUAAGUAAUUACCAUGUUGUAGCUUAUACCAAUGGUAUUUAUAAUCCAAGUUAAUUAAUUCAUGAUAAAGUGGAGUAGAUUAACUUUGCAGGUUAUAUGCAACACAUUUUAUGUGUCAAAUAAUUUAAGUAUUUUGAUAAUGAAUCUAUAUUAAUGUUAUUAUUUUAAGUCUUAACUCCAAAUACCUACAGUUAAAUUCAAUUUCUUCUAAAUGUUUUGUUCAUCACCAAAGUUCUCUAAUUCAAAUUUAGCAGCAUUAUCUGUUUACAUUGUUAGUGCCACUGAAAGAUUCACCAGGGAAUACAUUUAAGAUCCAUCAUAUAGUUUUAGUUCAUGCAAGCAUUUAAGACAUCUAAGAACUCUAUCAUAUUUGACCAUGUUUUGAGAUUUCACAAUUUUAAUUUGCAUGGGUGUUUAAAUGAUUCUGUUAGUACUGUCUUUGCAUCCUUCCUCUUCCUCUUUUUUUAACCUAAUACUAUUUACUCCAUAAUGUAGUAAUCAUGAGACUUACUAAUGACCUUGUAGCCUUUCUAAUAUGCACAUAAUGCACAUUUUCCAAUGGCUAGAAAAUGCAAAAUAUUAGUGGAUAACAUUGCAUCAGAUUUUCAUGUUUUCUCAGAAGGACUGCUAACCUCUGGAAUAAUAGAGGUAGUAAAAUGAUUAUUGUAAAUUGAAUAGCACAUAAGAGAUAUUUUCUUGAAACUAAACUUAUUACAGCCAGUUUCAGCAUGUAAAUAUAUAAUAAUGUUGGCUAGUGUGUAAUUCUUAAACUAAAAAAAUAUAAAUAAAGGAAAUAUAAAAGAA